AUGUCUUCCUCAGUUAAUUUAGCUGAUGAUGUGCGAGAAUACCAUGAUCCACCAGAUCAAGUUCAAGAGAAAAUCGAUCAAUUGAUGGAACUUAUUCGCGAGUCAAAACAUAUGGUUAUUUUCACCGGAGCUGGUGUGUCAACUAGUGCUG